UGCGACGCUCUGACAUCAGAACAAAGAUGGCUGCGUCCUGCAGACUUUCCCUCGUACCCUAAAUUUUUGCGCCUAGCUCGUGUCAGGUUUAGAGUCACACUCGGCCUUUCUCCAGCCAUGUUUUCUCUCCGAAAUUGCGGUCUCUGGGUCGCGGCUUCCCUCACCAAAAAGCGUGUUACGUUGGCCCGGUUCAGCGGUGACAGCGCGGCGCCCUUGGCUACGAAGUUUGACGUGAUAGUCAUCGGCGGAGGACAUGCCGGGACCGAGGCAGCCGCCGCUGCUGCUCGUUGCGGCUCCCGGACCCUGCUACUCACCCACCGCGUGGACACGAUCGGUCAGAUGUCCUGUAAUCCUUCCUUUGGUGGCAUUGGCAAAGGGCACUUAAUGAGGGAAGUUGAUGCCUUGGAUGGGCUUUGUUCUCGAAUCUGUGACCAGUCUGGUGUACAUUACAAAGUAUUAAACCGGCGUAAGGGACCAGCUGUUUGGGGUUUGAGAGCUCAGAUUGAUAGGAAACUCUAUAAGCAGAACAUGCAGAAAGAAAUCCUAAAUACACCACUGCUUACUGUUCAGGAGGGAGCUGUAGAAGAUCUUAUUCUUACAGAACCAGAGCCUGAGUACACUGGGAAAUGCCGUGUCAGUGGCGUGGUUUUAGCGGAUGGAAGCACAGUACAUGCAGAGAGCGUGGUUCUGACUACUGGGACGUUCUUGAGAGGCGUGAUUAUAAUUGGAUUAGAAAUGCAUCCAGCAGGACGUUUAGGGGAUCAGCCUUCCGUAGGGUUGGCUCACACUCUGGAGAAGUUGGGGUUUGUGGUGGGAAGACUGAAGACUGGGACUCCACCCCGAAUUGCCAAAGAGUCCAUUAAUUUCAGCAUUCUAAACAAGCAGACACCAGAUAAUCCAUCCAUACCAUUCAGUUUUAUCAGUGAGACAGUGUGGAUUAAGCCAGAAGAUCAGCUGCCAUGUUACUUGACUCACACCAACCCCAAAGUGGAUGAGAUUGUCCUUGAGAACCUUCACCUUAAUAGUCACAUUAAGGAAACUACAAGAGGACCCCGAUACUGUCCAUCCAUUGAAUCAAAGGUUUUGCGUUUUCCAAACCGUCUUCAUCAGGUUUGGUUGGAACCUGAAGGAAUGGAUUCUGACCUCAUCUACCCCCAAGGGUUAUCUGUGACGCUACCAGCUGAAUUACAGGAGAAAAUGAUCACAUGCAUCAAAGGCUUGGAGAAAGCUAAAAUGAUUCAGCCAGGUUAUGGUGUUCAGUAUGAUUAUUUAGACCCCCGUCAGAUCACUCCUUCUCUUGAGACUCAUUUGGUGCAACGGCUCUUCUUUGCUGGCCAGAUAAAUGGCACUACUGGUUAUGAGGAAGCUGCAGCUCAAGGUGUGAUAGCUGGAAUCAAUGCAAGUCUUCGGGUCAAACGCAAGCCUCCUUUUGUCAUUAGCCGAACAGAAGGCUACAUAGGAGUCUUGAUUGAUGACCUCACCACACUGGGUACCAACGAACCAUACCGCAUGUUCACGAGCCGAGCAGAGUUCCGUUUGUCACUGCGCCCUGAUAACGCCGACAGCAGGCUCACGUUCCGAGGGUAUGAGGAAGUUGGCUGUGUGUCCCAACAACGAUAUGAAAGAGCUUCUUGGAUGAAGUCUUCUUUGGAAGAAGGCAUUUCUGUGCUAAAAUCCAUUGAGUUUUCAAGUUCUAAAUGGAAAAAGUUAAUUCCAGAGGCUUCUAUAAGUAUUGGUAAAAGUCUGCCUCUCAGAGCUCUAGAUGUUCUGAAGUAUGAGGAAGUUGACAUGAAGUUAUUAGCCACAGCUGUUCCAGCGCCCUUGAAGAAGUACAUUACAUGUAGAGAACUAGCUGAAAGACUGAAAAUAGAAGCCAUUUAUGAAUCAGUGUUGUUCCAUCAGCAACAACAAAUAAAGGAAGUUCAGCAAGAAGAAGCUCUCCAACUGCCAAAAGACUUAGAUUAUUUGACUCUCAGAGAUGUGUCUUUGUCUUAUGAAGUUCGAGAGAAGCUACAUUUCAGUCGCCCAGAGACGAUUGGGGCUGCUAGUCGUAUACCUGGAGUGACACCUGCUGCCAUCAUCAAUCUGCUCCGAUUUGUGAAGACCACUCAGCAGAGACAGGCGGCUAUGGAUGAAUUGCCCAACACUGACCAAUACUUAUGCGAGACAGACAAACUGGAAGAAAGACAGUUAUAGCUUUGUAUUCAUAGAAGACUUUUAAAUAGUACGAGCAGAGAGAGGAGAUAAGUACUGUAUUUUGGUUUUAGCACCUGUUAAAAUAACCUUAGGUUAUUAUGGAUUUAUGAUUAAUUUAUGAAGAGGGCAAAGAUUAUAAUAACUGUGCUUCUUUAUCUGAGAAAGUUAUAAAGUCUUCAUUUAUACUCUUCAUCUUAGGUGCUCUAAUACAGUGAGCAUAUUAAUGUAACGGGAGUAUUCAUCAAACAGAGAUCAUAGUGGAUCCACAACUAAGCCAGAAAAAAAAACUUCAGCUUGCAGAUUUGCUUACUCAUAAAGACUUUGUCCAUUAAAUGUUACCAAAGUAAAAGUCUUAUGUUUCAACCUGUUUUGAAAGUUAGUAGUCUUUUGCUUGGAUAAGGAGGCAAUUUCAAAGCCCUCAAAUUCUUAGGGCUUCAGAUUUGAAACUAUACAAAAUCAUCUAGAAUUAGCCAGUUGAUUUCCAACAUUUAAAAAUGUAGUAUGUAGGGUGAAAGUUGACUUCUAAGAUUCCUACACUUCUCCAGGAAAUCCUCACCAGUAAUUAUCUUUGAACAUCAAUGAAUAUCCUGUAAACUAGAUCAGAAAUGAUCAUAGUUUCCUUUGAUCCACAAUAUGGAAAAGUUUUUGGCAACCUGGUUAAAGGGAAAAUAAAGGUAGUUACUUCAUAUCAUACAGUAUUUUCUUAUGAAACUGUUAUGGCAUGAUUUCUUAACACUGAAGACAUAAUCCAUAGUAACUCAUGACUAGUGUUUCCCUGUUUUAAAGUCAGAAUUGACAGAAAAACUGGAAUGGUGCUGGCACUCUUCUUCCUCUUCAGUACUUCAAUUCUGUGUUGUAAUAGGGUUUAGGGUGGGAGGACCACCUGGGCCCUUUGGCUGGCUGACUCAGACACCUCGACCCUUCUAGGUAGACUAGAAGAUGAAUGCAGACAAGUGGGCCAGAGAGCCUUGCUUGUCCCUGGAAAUGCUAACUCACAUCUCUGGUAUCAAUCAAGAGAGAAGCUCCCAUGUCACCUUCAGGCCAAAGAAGAUACUUAAGACAGUAUCAAGGGCCCUGAAGUCACUCUGGCUACAGAUCUAUUUGUUUUUUUGUGGGGUUUGUGUGUGUGUGUGUGUGUGUGUGUGUGUUUGUGUGUUUAUUUAUUUAUGUAUUUUUAUUUUUAUUUUUUAAAUUUACAUCCAAGUUAGCAUAUAGUGCAACAGUGAUUUCAGGAGUAGAUUCCGUAAUGCCCCUUACCCAUUUAGCCCAUCCCCCCCUCCCACAACCUCUCCAGUAACCCUGUUUGUUCUCCGUAUUUAAGAGUCUCAUGUUUUGUCCCCCUCCCUGUUUUUAUAUUAUUUUUGCUUCCCUUCCCUUGUGUUCAUUUGUUCUGUCUUAAAGUCCUCAUAUGAGUGAAGUCAUAUAUUUGUCUUUCUCUAAUUUCACUUCCAUCCAUGUAGUUGCAAAUGGCAAGAUUUCAGUCUUUUUGAUUGCCGAGCAAUACUCCAUUGUAUAUAUAUACCACAUCUUCUUUAUCCAUUCGUCCAUCGAUGGACAUUUGGGCUCUUUCCAUACUUUGGCUAUUGGCAAUAGUGCUGCUAUAAACAUGGGGGUGCAUGUACCUCUUCGAAACAGCAUACCUACAUCCCUCAGAUAAAUACUUAGUAGUGCAGUUGCUGGGUCGUAGGGUAGUUCUAUUUUUAACCUUUUGAGGAACCUCCACACUGUUUUCCAGAGGGGCUGCACCAGUUUGCAUUCCCACCAGCAGUGCAAAAGAGAUCCUCUUUCUCCACAUCCUCGCCAACAUCUGUUGUUGCCUGAGUUGUUAACAACAGAUCUAUUUGUUAAGCCUGAGUGUGAGGCAGCCAAAUAUUUUGUUGCUAUAAUGCUGUAUAGCUGCUCAGAUAUAGCUCAGUUUUCAUGGAUUUGUUUCAUCUAAUUUUAUUUUUUAAUUUUUUUUUACAUGUAUUUAUUUAUUUUUGAGAGACAGAGACAGCACAAGCGGGGGAUGGGCAGAGAGAGGAGACACAGAAUCUGAAGCAGGCUCCAGGCUCUGAGCGGUCAGCACAGAGACUGACAUGGGGCUCGAACUCACAAACCGCGAGAUCAUGACCCAAGCCGAAAUUGGACGCUCAACCGACUGAGCCACCCAGGCGCCCCUGUUUCAUCUAAUUUUAGUUUUUCCAUUAAAGUAGUCAAUAUCAGUAGCAGGUGAAAAGUAUUUGUAAUGAUCAUUUAGCAAUGAUAAAUUCUUUUUGAUAUUUGAUUUAGUAAUUUCAAAAUGGUUAACUUUUACUUUAGUUAUGGUUAUUCCUGGGCAUAAUUCUUACAGAGGCAACACUGUUCAUAAUACUAUAUUUUAAAAAGAAGGUAGGGGCAUCUGGGUGGCUCAGGCAGUUAAGUGGCCAAUUUCACCUCAAGUCUGGAUCUCGUGGUUCACAAGUUCGAGCCAUGUUGGGCCUUGUGCUGACAGCUCAGAGCCUGGAGCCUCCUUCAGAUUUUGUGUCUACCUCUCUC